UUGCCGCGGCUCCUGCAGGUGUGCGUGAGCAGCUUUAAUCGCCUGCAGCUGCGCGGACUCUUUUCAGUGCACGCAGGGCCUCGUCGCUCCUUCCAAACUCUGAGAAUGGACUGCAACCUGCGGCUGGCCGUUUCUUGCUGGAUCAUGGUCUUCUCUUGGGUUUCUCCUCUGACUCACAGUCACCUGACCUACCGCCGAGGUUCCACACAAACCCACUUCCAACCUCCGGUCGGAGGCCCGCAGCCUCGGCUGUACUCGGUGAAGCAGCAGCAGCAGCAGCCGCCGCCGACCCCGGAGGUUCCCGAACAGCGUCGCCCCGUCACGGUCAAAUGCCACCCGGACUCCAUGGAGGUCGUGGUGAAGGCCGACAUGUUCGAGACGGGUCUGAAUGUGGACGGCGGGCACCUGCGACUGGGUUCGAACUCUCUGGGCUCGGGCGGCGAGUGCGGGGCGGUCCAGAAAGGAGAGGACGAAUUCACCAUCUGGGCCCUGCUGUCCGACUGCGGAACCAAACUCUCAUCAACAGAAGAGAAGAUCAUUUAUUCCAACGUUCUGAUCUACUCACCCGAACCUUCUGCUGAUGGGUUACUGAGAUUUGAAGCAGCAACUAUUCCAGUUGAAUGUCAUUACGACAGGAGAUACUCUGUUGAUGGCAUUUCCCUUGAAUCAACUUGGGUUCCCUCCGUCUCCACAAUGUCUGUAAACGACCAGAUAGAUUUCAGCCUGAAACUCAUGACUGGUGACUGGCAGUUUGAGAGGGACUCUUACACAUAUUUCCUGGCUGAUCCCAUUAAUUUCGAAGUCUCUGCCAUUGUGGAAAACCACAUCCCUCUGCGAGUGUAUGUUGACCACUGUGUUGCCACAGCAACUCCUGAGGCAGAGGCCACUUUAAGAUACGACUUUAUCGACAAUAAGGGAUGCCUCGUCGACGCUUACCUCACAAACUCCAGAGCGCGCUUCCUACCCAGAGCUGAGGAACAUGUGCUGAGGUUUCAGCUGGAAGCUUUCCGGUUCUACCAAGAACCCAGCAACCAGAUCUACAUUACUUGUGCUGUGAAGGCUGUUCCAGCGGUUCAGACGGUCAACUCUCAGAACCGGGCCUGCUCCUUUAUCGAAAACAGAUGGCAGUCCGUAGACGGAGGUGACCAGGUGUGCAGAAGCUGCGACGUGUUCAGACGGGCUCAGGAAUCUCAAGCUAUGCCAUCUCCUAAAAUUCCAGUGAACGCCAAAGACCAGAUCAGCCUGAUUUCACAGAAAAAUAUAGUCCUCAAUAAAGGCGACCAAGAGCCGGCUUCUUACAUCAAUUAUCGACCGGGAUCGUACCAGAGCCAACACUCGAAACUCAAGCAGUCCAAUACAUUUAUGAAGAGAAAUGCAGACCACAAAUUAAAUCAAGCCGUCCAACUGGGGCCCCUUGUUGUGCUACCGUCAAGAAACGCAAUCACAGUGGCAACAAAUUUCUCAACAUGGUCAGAAAAGAGCAAGACCUCCUGAGACCUGGACCGCCCGAUUGGAGGCAUCUACGUUCUGAAACAGUGUUUGAGAGAUUUGGUCUUAAUGCGCUGAAGAAUUUUGCUGCAAUCCAUUAAAUUUCUAAUGUAAAACUUUAUUCGUAAAAAGAUUCUGGACAAAUCA